AUGGGGGAUCCGCAACCGGGUGCGAGCACGAGUCUUAGUGUGGCGGGGGAUGAGUUGAAAAACUUGAUGGAAAAAAUUAUGACGGAUUUGAGGGAUCUAAAAGAAGGCCAAACCACAAUGCAUGUCACUCAAGAUGCUAUGUUCGGGGAUUUGAAGGAACUCAAGGAGAACCAAGCAUCCAUCCAUGAAAACCAAACUUUUCUCCACGACGAGCUCAACGCUUUGAAGGCCGUGCAACUAUCAAGGUCAAACACCCCUAGGAGCAAUCACACACAUCACAAUGCCUCCGAGGGGAGUAAUGGAGAGGAAGAGCCAUAUGGUUGGUACGAUCAUGGGGGGCGUGGGGGACAAGGAGGAGGACGGAAUGGGAAUAGGAAUGGUAGGUUCGGGAACAUGAUGGGCGGAAGAGGGAAUGGAAACAUGGGGCACCAUGGGUGGAAUGGUAGGCAUGGAAGAUAUAGAAACUAUGAGGAGGAGAUGGAGCCGCGGUACGAUGAUCCCACCAAGUCUAUCAAGCACACAUUUCCCGAGUUCCACGGCAAGUUUGAUCCCGAGGCCUACUUGGAAUGA